AUGAAAGAGUUAGGAGAGAACAUGGUUAAACAUUGUGCAGGGCUUCCAUUAGCCAUAGUUGUAUUGGGAGGAAUUUUGGCUACAAAGAAUAAUUCAUUAAACGAAUGGCGAAAGAUAUCUGACAAUGUAAAAUCAUACUUGAAGAAAGCUAAAAAUCAAAGACCAGAGGAUGUGUUAGCAUUAAGUUAUGAUGAUUUGCCUCCCUAUCUAAGAUCAUGUUUCCUCUAUCUAAGUCAUUUUUCAGAAGAUUAUAUGAUAGAUAUGGAUAGAUUGAUUCAAUUAUGGGUUGCUGAAGGUAUUGUGUCAUCAGAGCAAGAAGAAAGAGAUGGUGGAGAAAUUGCGGAAGAUGUGGCGGAAUCUUAUUUAAUGGAACUUGUGGAAAGGUGCAUGAUUCAAGUACGAGAAAGAGAUGUGGCAACCUUAAAGGUCAAAACGAUUCAGAUGCAUGAUCUGAUGAGAGAUCUUUGCUUAUCAAAGGCAAAACAAGAAAAAUUUGUCUUCAUUGUUAAUCGAUCAAAUGCAUCUUCAUUAUCUAUGAUUCGGAAGGUUCGUAGGGUUUCUGUGCAUGAGUUUUUUUUCAUACAAUGCAUUAAAAGUCCAAAUAUUCGGUCACUUUUGUUCUUCAAUCAGUUCUUUCCGAAGGAGGAAUUAGAAAAAUAUUUGCCCUUAGAAGUGUUGAAUUACGUUGAAAAACAUAAUGGCGAUUGUUGUAAUCCACUAUUUUGGAUUCUUCUGAUUUCGACAGCUUCUACAAGACAUCUUAAAAUUCGGGGAAUUUGUAGAUACAUGUUCAACAACUUCAAAUUGCUAAGAGUCCUAAACUAUGAGAUAGGAAGAGCAUAUGGUUUUUUUGGCGGGUGGGAGUUAACCAGUGAUAUAGGGAAUCUCAUCCAUUUAAGAUUCUUGAGUCUAAGGAAUCAUGACAUCCUACGGUCAAAGUUGCCAUCAUCUCUAGGCAACUUAAGGUGCUUGCAAACCUUGGAUUUAAGAGUUUAUAAUUACAAAAUUCAUGUACCUAAUGUGAUAUGGAGGAUGGAGCAACUAAGACAUUUAUAUCUCCCUUCGAGAUGUAAAAGCAGAACUAAGCUGAAGUUGGGUACUUUGAGAAAACUCCUAACACUUGUGAACUUCAACACCGAGAAUUGUUAUCUGAAGGAUCUUAUCAACAUGACAAAUCUUAGAGGGUUGGUGAUAAAAGGGGCCUUCAAUAUUGAAAAUUUCAAUGAGGAGGAGUUGGGCGAGAAUCCACCCAUAAUCGGAAGUAAAUAUUUUCAUUCCUUAUUUAUUUUAACCGAUUCAAUAGAUCCAAGACAUUUGGCCCACCUCCUUUCAAGUUGUACAAGUAUUUGCAAGUUGAGUAUAAAUGCAGAGAUAAGUAAGUUACCAGAGUAUCGCUACUUCUCUUCACAUCUCGCUUACAUACGGUUGGAAUGUUGCCCGCUUGAUGAAGAUCCAAUGCCAACACUAGAGAAGCUGCCUAACUUAAGGAUUCUUGAAUUCGAAGAAACUUUCAGAGUAAAUGAAAUGGUUUGCUCUGCACAGGGUUUUCCUCGACUUGAGUCUCUAAGUCUUGCGUGGUUCAACAAUUUGGAGGAGUGA